ACUCCUGCUACACUGUAACUAUUUUUCAACAUUAACUUUUUUGCUGUGCUGUGCGUUCCUCCUCCAGUUGAACUACCGGAGCCUAAACACAAAGACUGAACUUCGCCCAGUCUUCCGCGCUUGCAGAAACGACAACCACUGAGAGCAGAGUGAGAAGUUCGAAGAAUAUCUAUUUUAACUUCAAAAGGUUGUAAGACUUAACACUGUGGACUCGCAGCAAUGGAGAUCUCGUUUGCGGGCAAACAUGCUCUGGUCACGGGAGCAGGAAAGGGCAUCGGUCGGGCAACCGUGUUGGCGUUGGCACGUUGCGGGGCAGAGGUUACGGCUGUCACACGCACUCAAGCUGACCUAAACAGCCUCGUGCUCGAAUGUUCCUCUGUCAGACCCGUGUGUGUGGACCUGUCCGACUGGGAGGCCACGGAGGCGGCCCUGAAAGAUGUCGGUCCCGUGGACCUGCUGGUGAACAAUGCCGCGUGCGCCUUGCUGCAGCCUUUUCUUGAAGUCACGCCGGAGCAGUUUGACAUUGCCUCAUCAUUGCUCAUGGCCAAUGGGAUCGUGUUCUUGCAGAUCGUCGCUCGAGGAAUGAAGGCGCGGGGCGGCGGCGGCUCCAUCGUGAACGUUUCCAGCCAGGCGUCCCAGUGUGCCCUGCGAGACCACUCCGUUUACUGUGCAACCAAAGGUGCUCUGGAUAUGCUCACUAAAACGAUGGCCCUGGAACUAGGACCUUAUCAGAUCCGCGUGAAUUCCGUCAACCCGACGGUCGUCAUGACGGAUUUGGGCCGGAUCGGCUGGAGCGACCCGGGGAAGGCCAAGGCCAUGACUUCACGGAUCCCGCUGGGCAAAUUUGCAGAGGUGGAGGACGUGGUGAACUCCAUCCUCUUCCUCCUCAGUGACAAGAGUGCCAUGACCAAUGGCGUGACUCUGCCGGUGGACGGAGGCUUCCUGGCCUGCUGACCUCACAUCCUGUCUGGGACGUACAGCAGUGGUUCCUGUGGUCCGAGUGGAGUGGACAUGGUUUCAUGGAUGGUUCAUGUCCGUUGAAGAAAUCUGCCGCACAUUUGGCACGUACAGUAUGCUCAAUUCAUAUGCUACUGAUACAAUUUGUUACUGACACAAUGUGCUGCUGUGCUGCUCUAAGCCACCCAUGUUAUGAUGGUAAUGUUGAUAGUGUUGAUGUGAUUGACAGUUGCUAGUUGAUUGAUUUUGUAAUACAUUUUUUACUCACAUUAAUUAAGAGCUUCGCUACACUGCCCAUGUAAUAGCCUAAUGUCCUUAAUAGGCUACAAAUCAUCUCAUGCCCUAAACAGAUUUGAGUUCAUCAACAUUCCACCUAUUAACAUGAGUACCCUCUGUGAACUGUGAGAAUAAUCCUUUGUGUCCAACCUGAUGUGAAUAAAGCCAUAGCAAGCGGUUAA